AUAAAUGCACAUAAAAUUGUUCAGUUUGCAGCAGCAUCUUCUCUGCCACUAUGGAUUACACAGGAAAUUUAGAAUCAGAGUUGAAAGAGUUAAAAAACACAUUCAAUACUGGAAUAACAAAACAAGAGUCAUGGAGGAGGUCCCAACUCAAAGCUCUUCUCUCUUUGCUCGAGGAAAAAGAGGGUGACAUAUUAAAGGCUCUUGAACAAGAUUUAGGAAAACAUCGAGUCGAAUCUUUUAGAGACGAGGUAGGACCUCUAAUAAAAUCUGUAAACUAUGCAUUAAAAUGGUUAAAGCAAUGGAUGUCUAGCAAAAAGGCUGAUUUACCUGUAGCUGCAUUUCCUUCGAGAGCAGAGUUAGUUCCUGAGCCACUUGGCGUUAUCCUUGUCAUAUCAUGUUGGAAUUUUCCUUUUGGAGUAUCAUUGGAACCAUUGAUAGGAGCAAUUGCAGCAGGAAAUACAGUGGUUCUAAAACCUUCAGAACUAGCUCCAGCAUCUUCUUCAGUUUUGGCCAAUACAAUCCACACUUACCUCGAUAAUAAAGCCAUUAAAGUGAUUCAAGGAGGUCCCUCAAUUGGUGAGAAAUUAUUACAACAGAAAUGGGACAAGAUUUUUUUCACAGGUAGUGCAAAAGUGGCUCGUAUUGUUAUGACUGCUGCAGCGAUAAAUCUAACUCCUGUCGCUGUGGAAUUGGGUGGGAAAUGCCCUGCCAUUGUUGAUUCCCUUUCGAGUUCUUGGGAUAAAGAGAUUGCAACGAAAAGAAUCCUUGCUGCAAAAUUUGGGACCUGUGCUGGCCAAGCAUGCAUAGCCAUUGAUUAUAUCCUUGUGGAAAAGAAGUUCUCAACCACCUUGGUAAAAUUACUAAAGGCCUACAUCCUUAGUAUGUUUGGGGAAAUUCCGAAAGAGAGUGUCGGAAGGAUAAUCAACAAAAAUCAUUGUUCGAGACUAAGGAAACUCUUAGAUGAGCCCAGCGUUAAAGCUACUAUUGUUCAUGGUGGUUCAUAUGAUGAAGAUGCUCUGUUUAUGGAGCCCACUCUCUUGGUUGAUCCUCCUUUAAAAUCUGAAAUCAUGACAGAAGAAAUAUUUGGUCCAUUGCUCCCAAUAAUUACUGUGGAGAAAAUAGAAGAUAGUAUUGAAUUCAUCAAAUCUAGGCCAAGAGCAUUAGCUAUUUAUGCCUUUACCAACAAUGAAACAUUAAAGAAAAAGUUAGCAUCUGAAACAUCCUCGGGUAGCGUGAUUUUCAACGACGCCAUCAUCCAAUACAUUGCAGAUUCUCUUCCAUUUGGGGGAGUUGGUGAAUCUGGAUUUGGACGGUACCAUGGGAAAUUCUCAUUUGAUAUGUUUACCCAUGAGAAACCAGUUGCAAGAAGAAGUUUCCUUACAGAUUUUUGGUUCAGAUAUCCACCAUGGAAUGAUCAAAAGUUGCAGAUUUUUAAAUCUGCCUAUAGAUUUAAUUAUUUUGAAAUUAUUCUCAUAAUAUUGGGUUUAAAAAAAUCUUAAGAAUUUUCAAAUAUUCAUAAAUAAAUCUUUUUCUUGUAUUCUAUCAUAAAAUGGUGUCUAUAAAUCUUAAAGAUAAUGAUUACUUGGUUAAAUUAAUUAAAAUUAUUUUUCUA